AUGGAAUAUUUUCAAGAAUAUUUGCCUGUUGAGUUAGCGGAUAAGCUCCCGUUGAUAGUAUCAAUAGGAGCUAUUGUAUUUUACACUUUAUUCAAGUAUAACAAAUCAAAAUUCAAAACUUCAAUCGUUAAAAAUGCGGAUAAGACCCCCGAAACAUACGUGAAGCCUAAUAUUGAACCAGUGUCUACAGAUUUCGAAUGGGAUAAGGUAACUCCUUUGAAAUCAUUUCCGUUCAAAAACGGAGAAUACAAGUUGACCAUGGGUAUUAGAAAGUUGGACCCUCAGGACUGGCUUUUAAUUGAGCCGACAUAUCUCAACAGGAUUGAAAAUAAAGCUAAAAUAGUAUCAAAUACUCAUCCAGAUUAUCCUCCUGACAAAGAUUUGGCUUCAAAUACAGUCCUUAUUACUGAUGAGGCUAUCCCUGCCAUUAGGGAAUUUUAUGAUAUUGUGAUUGAUUAUAUGUGCGUCAAAUAUCCCGUGUAUUUUAAAGGUGCAAAAAACGGCAAAGUAUUCAAUUCCAUAACUGGAAAUUACCUACCUGCUCGUGCAGCUGACGAGGCCAACCCUCGGGAGUUAUUGAUAAUCUUGGCCAAUAAUAUAGAAGAGGAUUUUCUCAUAUUGCUAAAGGAUCCUUCGAGAGAAGAUGAAAAGGAUGGAACGGAAUACUUUUUCAAGGCCGGUAUAUUUGCUUUUGCAGCUGGAUUCAAUCCCAAAGAUCGGUUCAACAAACCAUUAUCCUUUGUACACCAUCCUGUACCUGGAUACGAAACAAAGUUGAAGCUUUCCAUGAACAGAUUUUUUAACAGAAUUGAGCCAGGUCAAUUUGUGACUCGAAGCAAUUUUUCGGUCCAAACUCAUCAUAAACUUUACGUAGAUGACCAAAACAAAGGACACCACUUGCGUGAAGGUGAAAAGCAAGUAGCUAUCGACGCCGCUACUUUAGAUUUUGAGAAGCAGGUUCAUUAUCGUAGCGAGCGACAAGCGUUAACAAAGUUGCCAAAGUCAAAAGCGGUAGUUUUCACAAUUAGGACAUACCUAUUGCCCAUGAGUGAAAUCAAAAAAGAUGAUAGGGAGGUUCGGGAGAGAUUAAUUGGUGCUAUCAAAGGGCUUCCCGAAGAGACCUCGUUGUACAAACGAGCUGCUGAAUGGGGUCCUGCUGUCGUAGAAUACUUACUGGAUCAAAAUAAGUAA